CGCAGGUUUUGGCGGAAGUAGAUCUGACACACACAUAAACACGUUUCGUUUUGUCCGCGCCAGACGAAGAAGGAGGUUUUAACCAACUUUUAUCAAUUAGUCUCUAAAUAUGGCCACAGAACGAGGCAACCGAGAACUGAAGCAAAAAUGCAAGGCAAACCUUGCAAAAACCACAGAUCCCGUAGAAAAAUUACGUCUGCAGUGUCUGUCUAGAGGAGCCUCUGGAAUUAAAGGAAUCGGACGACAAUUUAAAAUCAUGGAUGAUGAUCAGAGCAGAAGUAUAGAUUUCAACGAAUUCAAAAAAGGCAUCCACGAUUUUGGACUUGUAAUGGAUGCUGACGACGUCAAAACUGUUUUUGCUGUUUUUGACAAAGAUAAAUCUGGAACAAUUGACUUUGAUGAGUUCUUAGUUAAUUUGAGGCCACCAAUGAACAGCAAUCGGAAGAACCUUAUAAAUCAGGCAUUCCGAAAGUUGGACAAAAGUGGAGAUGGGGUUGUCACAAUUGAGGAUCUCAAAGGAGUGUACAACUGUAAAAAACACCCCAAGUAUAUGAAUGGCGAGUGGACAGAAGAACAAAUUCUACGCAAAUUUUUGGACUCUUUUGACACACCGAACGAAGCAGAUGGCAAGAUUACAGAGGACGAGUUUGUGAAUUACUAUUCUGGAGUCAGUGCGUCCAUCGAUGGAGAUGCAUAUUUCAGUCUUAUGAUGACAAAUGCUUGGAAACUUUAAUGAUAUAUUUAUAUGUUCAAUCAACACAUCUACAUAUUGAGAAAAAAAGACAUUGUUUCAAUAUAACGUUUAAAAAAAUGAAACUAGAGUAACGUGUUACACAGGUUUCAGUUUAGCUAUAAUAGUAUGGGGAGUUAGGUUGGCAUGUUUCACGGUAUUGUUACUUAACCCAGUGGUAUACCUUUAGCUUUAGAAGUAUCGAGACAUGGUAGCAAUCAUAUCAAUUUAGUGUUAUUAGAGAAAAUUUGCGUUGUGGAUUCGGGUUUCUAAAAUAUAAACUUCCACUACUUCUGUCAUGUCUUUAUUUAACGGCAUUCUUGACUGGAAUUCUGAUUUUGAAAAGCCUGCUUUGUGUGAUAUUCCAAGUUUAGAUGUUAGCGGCUUGACUUGUCACUUAUCUCGUUCGUAUACACACACUGCCACUUACGUAAGUAGCAUGGUUCACUCUUCAAGCACUGCAAUCCUGAAAGAUACUCGCCUCUUGCAUCAAGACCUUCGUCCUUGCAUCAAGACCUUCGUCAAAUGCUGGAUACGUCACUGGAGCUGUCACAUAAAGAAAGAUCCGUUACAUCGCCAAAUAUGUGACCCGUUUCAAAUGAUUAAUUUUUGACAAAAAAAUCUUUAUUAUUAUAAUAUCAAUCCAUUAUGUCCAUAUAUCUAACACCAAUGGAGAGGACUUAUAUAGGAUAUAAGCCUGUUGUUCAAUCCUUUUGACAAUGUAACAUUCUUCUUUUUCACUAAAGUAUGUUGAAAUGGGAAAAAUAUCCCUCACAUGACUAGAUACGGAAUAUGUGCUUGUUGUCAUGAACUUUUUAUGCUUCUUGUAAAUCUUGAUCAUUUGUCAUUUAUUGCUAUUAUACCGAAAGGUAUUUCUUAAACAUGUGAAGCAAAUUUAUAAGUUUUCCAUGAGCCAACAUCACGACUCUCUUGAUAUGCAGUGCAUUAUGCAGUGUGGGCCUAAUAUCGAACACAUACAUGUACAUUGUAAAUAUUUAUAAUAUUUAAUGUUUACUUUCACGUUAAAAGAUAAAAAAAAAUUGGAUCGUGUGUUGUGACUAAUGAUCAGGAAACAUUACAAUAGGUUUAAAGCUGUAUCUGUAAAAAGAAAAAAAUCCAGAACCGUGAAAACGAUUAACGUUCUAUUAAAUGUUAUGAGGAAUGUAACUAUUUGUCUGAUUACAGAUUACCGAAGACGAGUGGGUCAAUUACUACAGUGGAGUUAGUGCCUCUAUUGACAAUGACAUGUACUUUGCGUUGAUGAUGAAUAAUUCAUGGGGCGUAUAAUACUGACAGACAACAGAAAUUCGUUUGUAACAGAAUAUUUGUAAACUGUGUAUUGUAAAAAUCUACGUUUGAAAAAAUCCGAGUGAUAGUUUCACCUGAAAGUAGUAUCGACAUAUUCGGAUAAACAUUAUGAAAAAUCAUCGCCCGUAAUUUAUUUCAUCUUUAAGCUACUUAUUGACAUUUCAUCGAUACGUUUUGACAUUUAUGAAGAUAAUGACCAUUUACUGUCAGUUAUAUUUUUCCAAGACAAAAUUCUUUUAAUCUCGACUUACUUGAGCAGCUUUUUACCUUUUUAAGUAUGACAUAUUGUAUCAUGGUUAUUUGUAAAAUAUUUUUGAAGUAAUGCUAACAGUCUCUUUAUGCGCAUCUCACCAUAACAUCUUCAUAAAGUAUAAUACAGGUUUCGUAUCAUUCUAAAACACUUUCACGUGAUUAGUUCAUUUAUUUAAAUAUGAAAAUGUAGGAAGAAAACGAAUAAAUGUCGAAAAUGUCGACGUAUAGAUUUUUUUUUUACGUGGCAAGAAAUACAUUUGGAGCAUCGGUAUCUUACUGAAGUUGUCCUAUUUUGACAUUUUGUGAACUGUAAUCGCCAACAGUUACUCCUUUUGGAUGUGAUGAGAAGUUUAUAUAUUUGGAAAAUCGAUUGAAUCAUUAUCACAUCAAAUUCAGUUUUAUUCAGAUUAAAUCCAUAUCCGUCCACCUUUUUUAAGACUAUUAUUAACCAGCACUUUAUUCAAAGACAAAAACGUAUAUGAUAAUUGAUAUUCGAAAAUGAUUAUGUUGCUGUGUAACUGUUUUGUAACCCUACAUCAACGGAAUGACAUGAGUAGCCAUUGCAUGUGAUUGUGGAUUUCAUUAUUGUUUAGUUAAUGUAAUGCCGGCAUCCCCUACUCUAAACAUUAGUUAUAUCAGAGAUAUCAUCCAACGUUUCCUGACUGAUUGUGGUUGAACUUUUAUAACGGAUCUGGACUAGAACGUUACCACUAACAUCAUUAGAACAUUCAUCUACAGUUUGGAAUGUU